UAAGAGAACAAAUUAAAGUAGCAAAUGAAUCAAACAGGAAUUUUGUUCAAUAUGAUCCUAAUGAAAUGCAUCCUGAAGCAAUAUACAAAAGCAGACAUUUGCCUUUUCUGAAAUCUAAGAAAUUCAAAACCAAUACACAUGAUACAAAACAAUGGGAGUUUGAAGUUCCUAAUGACAUAA